AUGGCAUCCGGAGCCGAGUUAGCCAGAAAGGUCGUCCAGGACGUCUCCAGUGAUGAUCUGGACAAGUGGGUGAGAUCUAGUACUCUCACCAACGAGGUGGAAGAGUCGGUAAGAGGUCACAUUCAUCAAGAAUUAACUAGUUGGAUGUUCUUCCGCAAACUCGCGGCCGACUGCUUCCGUACUAACAUUUCCCUUCAUGGGUACGGAAUGCUCUGGGAGCGAUGCGCUCGAGAAUGUCUUAUUGACAUGCAUUGGCUUGAAAAAUAUCUCGUCGCACGGGGAGGCCGAUGUAAGCCUACCGCAAUCGAAGCCACCCAGAUUGAAUGGCCAGACCAUCCAAUCGAACCGCUUGGUCCCUGCAUGGAAGCCUUCCGAGUCCAGAAGAAGCUGAUCGAUGAUAUUGUGCGGCUAAUCGCACUCGCGGACAAGUGUGAGGAUGCAUCCUUGUCUGAUGCUCUCCAAACGCGAUUCCUGCGCAAGCACACCAGACAAGUCAAGAAUAUGGGCGACCUGCUCCAGCAGACUGCACGAGUAUCCAAACAGCCCGGAGUCGGUCUGUAUCAUUUGGAUAAGGAGCUGCGGUGUCACAAGGGUAUUAUUCCCUGGACUUCGACUAAUGAUCCUGACUGCCAGGAUAAGGGCAUGGAAGAAGUUACAAGCUUGAUUAGUGAAGGUCUUGUUCUUGAAGGGAAGACUGCUCAACAUGGACACAAGUAG